AUGGAGGAUCUACCUGAGAACAAUCAUGCUCCAUCAUCUUCAUUUUCGGCUCUUGCGCUGCAGCUGCAACAAGAUGUGGACAACGACGACAAUGAGAAAUACACAUCGGGGUUAGGACAAAUUGUUGAGGUGGAGGAUGUCAUUUCAGGCCCUUCAGAAAGCAGCAGGGGGUGCCAAAUUCAUUGCUUCUUCGGUCAGAAGAGGAUGUUUUGCAUUCGCGACAUGUUCAACUGGUCUGUUGAGGUUGGAUGGGACGAGUUUUGGUUCCAGGGUGUGAAAAACAUAGAGAGUGAGGCUUUAUUCUACGAGCUAAUGUCACAGCUCCAUCAUUGUCGACGAUGCAGACUAGAGUAA